AUGAUUUCACAAAAAUAUUUAACAUUAAUAUUCUUUUUUAUUUCAACAUUUUUAUAUAUUUCCAUAAUCAAUGGAGAGAAUCAAAAUCCUAUUUAUAAAUAUGAAUCCAAACUAAAAUUUAGAACCGAUGGAAAAUUUAAAAUUAUAAUGUUUACCGAUUUACAUUAUGGUGAAUUCAAUUCCUUUGACUCUUUAAAUCACCAAGCUCAGAAUAAAUUAUUGGAUUUCGAAAAGCCAGAUUUGGUAAUCCUAUCUGGUGAUAUGAUAAGUGGAUAUAAUAAAAACUUUUUCAAUGAGUCAAGAUAUCAUCAUUCAUGGGAAUUAUUAACUAAACCAAUGAGAGAUAGAAAUAUACCAUGGGCAAUUACUUUUGGAAAUCAUGAUGCUGAAGGAUCCUAUACAGGUAGUAUGUUGAUGGAUUUAGAUUUAUCAUACAAUGGUAGUCUAUCUCAACAUGGUAAAGUCUAUGGUGUUGGUGCUGCAAACUAUAUUCUACCAAUAACCAAUUCAAAAUCAGAUGACAUUGCUUCACUGGUUUAUAUCUUUGAUAGUGACAAUGAAGAUUGUGAUGAGAAUAGUUAUUGGGGUUGUGUUUAUAAGGAGCAAGUUCGUUGGUACGAGGAACAAAGUGAAUAUUAUAAUAAGACACCAUCAGUUGCCUUUGUUCAUAUCCCACCAAUUGAAGCCGUUGACCUUUGGAAUGAAUAUGAAGUGUAUGGUGAUUUCGGUGAUACUCAAGCAUGUUGUUAUACUACCAGUGAGUCGAAAUUUGUGGAUACUAUUGUGGAGAGAGGUGAUAUCAAAGCAUUGUACUUUGGUCAUGAUCAUAGAAAUGACUACCAUGGUAACUACAAAGGUUUGGAUCUUGGUUAUGGAAGAAAGACUGGAUAUGGUUCAUACGAUCCAAAGUAUCCACAGGGUGCAAGAGUGAUUGAAAUCGAGCAAGAUCCGUUCACUCAUAAAACAUGGAUCCGUAAUGUCUUUGGUGAUGUAGAGGAUCAGCCAUUACACAAGCCAUCGGCUGAUCAAGUUCCAAGAAUCUGUUGCCUACCAGCGAAAGAAACACCUCUAUACUGGGUGCCUUAUGUUCUAGUAUUUUGUUUAGUGAUCAUUGGAUUCUCUUUGUUCCAAUUCAAAAAAUUAUUAUCGAUACCAUCAAUGAAUGAUGAACCAAUUUAUUCAAGUGUACAAACUCAUGAUAUUUAA